UAGAUGUUGAAAGGAACGGGUCAUGUGUGAAAGAAAAUGAAUAGAUUGUGUUUGAUAUUUCAGAGUUCUUUUUUUUUUGGUCCAGUUGUAUAAGAUUGGAAAAGCAGAGUCCAAAUACUUGGCCAUGGAGUUUGUACUGAAUUAGAAACACAGCCAAAGAAAUGGGAUUAUUUCAUCAAUUUCUGUUCCUCCUUUGGAAAAAUGUUCUAUUUCGUCAAAGAUACCCGGCUGUCCUUAUUUUGGAGUUUCUAUGGCCUGUCGUUAUGGUAGGAGGUUUGUCACUUAUCAGAAGUGGAAUACCUGUUGUGAAAUUUAAUGACUGUUAUUACCAAGCUAGAGCCAUGCCAAGUGCUGGGCUAGUACCAUUUCUACAAACUUUUUUAUGUAACUUAGAUAAUCAUUGCUAUGCUAAAGAAGAGAGGCACAAUCAAGCUGAAUAUAAUUCCAAAAAUUUUGCUCUGGUUGCCCAAGAUUUGGGUCAAAUUUUUGCAUCCAAUGAAACUUUAUAUUUGCUUGAAAUUUCCAAUAAUAGCAAUGGCUUAAUAAGUCUAGUUCAAAACAUCAUACAAAAUCAAAUAGUAUUUGAGAAAUUAGAAAAUAUGACCUACAUAAAGUAUUACCUCAGAGAUCUUUCGCAAGUUACAAACAUAUUGGUCAAUGAAUUUAAAGUUCUCACUUUUGAGGAAACCAAAGAUAUUUUGAUGGCAAAAUUAAAUUUUUCUAAGCUCUUAAACUGGUCAAGCUUCUCCAAUCUAAAAAAUGUUACCUGUGAUCCUAGUCAGCUGCAGAGUUACAUUUUAUUUCCUGCUAAUGCAAGCAUUGUGGAUAUCUCAGAGUCUUUGUGUGUAUUAAACACAUCUGAAGCUACACAGUUGUUAUACAAAAUUGUUCCACACCUGAAUCUAACAUCUUUAGUACAACUUGUACAGUAUAUUGAGGAAAUGAAAGAAAGGUUUAUUUCUACGAGUCACUUGAGUUCAGUCUUGGAUGAUGUGGCUCAGAUGACUGAAAUUUUGAUGACAUCAGAACCAGUAUUCAGGGCCCUUGAGAAAUUAGCAGGUGUUUACAGUGUCUUGCAGGAGGUUAAAACAUUGUCAUCCUGGAUAGGAAUGUUUAGCUCAUUGACAGAUGUUGUUCCCAGGAUUAAAAGCUUUAUGCUGGGUGUGAAACCUCUUAUGAUUGUCGCAGGAUUAGAUAAUUCAACACUUUGGUCUGUUUUACAAGAUAUUAUCAAACUUGGAGAAAACAUCAAUCAAUUGAAGGAAGGUAACUGGACCCUGUCUGCUCAAACAUUUAUGGAGCCUGUUACAGCACUGGUACAAAAUAUAAACCUACUUUCAUCAGAUAUUGGUGGGCAGACAACUUUUCUUUUGCUGGAUUAUCUUACCAAAAUAUCAGAUGAGAUCAAAAAGAAUAAUUCACUUCUUUCACAAGGAAUGAUUGACAGUACAAAAUUUCUCCAAGAAACAUUGGAAAAACAACAAAACUGGCCCUCUAUACAAGUUGCAGCUAACGUUAUCAACCAAGGACUGGAGUUGACUAACACUAUUGCAAAUACAUUGUUUGAUAUUAAGCAGACUCUUCAAACUCUAACUGAUAUAUAUGUAAACAGCUUGAGUCAGAUUAGCAAUAAAUAUCCUCUAGUAAUUCUUUCUCUUGUGGAAACAGUGCUGGAUCCAACAUUUUCAUUAGCUUCACUAGUGAAUGGAAGUGGUUUUAAUUCUGCAUGCAGCAAACUGUUUAACAAACUUUCAGUCAUCAUGAACAUAAAUGAAGUAAAAAGUCUAGGUGGUAUACUAUGUGGGAACAGUCCACUUGAAGCAGUAUUGAAUCUGACAUCAAACUUCCCACUCACAGACUUGAUCAAUAAAAUCAAUGAAACAGUAAAUAAAUUGACUCCUCUGAGUAAUGGCACUGUCUCUGACCAAGCUGCCAACUUGACCAGUAUUUAUCUGCUGCUGUCUAAAGUUCUGACAACUUUUAAGCUCAUUACUACUAGUAAUAAUAAUCAAACUGGAAAUAAUAUUCUGAACAGUAUCAUUACAACUAAUAUAUUACCUGUGGACAUGCUUACUUCUGUGAAGGAAAUUGUGAGCUUUUUUCAACUUCCAGCAACGCAGCUACUGUUAAAAGAUCCAGACUUGGCAAUACUUUUUGAUUUUGCAUUUAAUUUUAUCAGCACCCCUAACAAAGGUUCACUUACUGUCUCCCAAUUGUUCCAAACUAAUGCAAACAUAACCUUGUAUUUGACUAACAUUUUGGGACUUCCCAGUUCAGUAGUCUACAGUUUUAUCAAUGCAAGGAUUGGCAACAAUAGAACAAAUAUAUUUCAGCAGUCAGUUCCAGGCAUAGUUGGUAUUUUAUGUGAUUCUACUUAUCUGUCAACAAUAAUUACUUUACCAGUAAACUCUUCAGUCAGUGUCACCAAUAUCAGUAGUUACCUUUGCAAUAUGAAAGUGUACCAAACUGCAGAAUACCUGAGAAACUCUUCACAGAAUUCCACUAUUGUUAGCAGUUUAAUAUUUCAAGCCACUGUAGAUGAUCUGACAGCAUUGGUUACAUCCUCAGUGCAGAUGUUCACACAGUUUUCUGAUGUCAUCACAUUCUUGAUAAAUUUGUUACAGAACAUCAACAGUAAUAUCCUGAAAGACAACACUGAUGUUUUAGACAAACUUCUAGUGAACAACACCUUCACUGAUAUGUCCAAAAGUGUACAACUUAUUGUGAACAUUUUGGCCAAAAACAAACCUUUGAGCAGCAACAUUAACCAAGUCGUUUCAGGUCUACAAAAAGUUGCUAAUGGUCUCUCAGCACUGGAUGUUAUUAAAGAAUAUUUUCUGAAAGAAAUUGAAGUCAAAAACCUAAUUAAAACAGCAGACAAUAUGACAAACUAUUUUAUGACUAAUUUUGGAUUGAGUGGGGAAACUACACAAACAUUAUUACAGGCUAUUUUCUCCUCCAGUUCAUUGCUGGGAAAUAUCAACAGCAGUCAACACUUAUGUAGUGAUGUCAUGAAAAGACUGCUCUUUAUAAAUGCCACACAAUCCUCCAUUCAAAGGUUUGCAUCUGAAGUCUGUGCCUUGAAUUCUACAAAACUGGCAGAACUCUUCAACUUGCUGACCAUUCAAUUAGAUGUACAAGCUUUAGUAAAGACUUAUUUCAGCAAAAUUAGCCAGUCAGUACUGGAGGCCAAUAACCUGACUAGUGACCAUUUGUUGGAACAAGUCAAACUUAUAGGAAGUGGAAUGACAAAUCUGAUCAAUGCUUAUGACACACUUACAAAAAGCCAAUCAGAAAAUGAAAUAAUUAAAAAUCUUGCUGAUGCAGCUUCAAGUGGUCAAUUAAACAAAGAGCAACUGACACGAAGUCUGUGCGGGAGAACAUCCGAUGAUAUCUUUGCUUUCCCCCCAACUCCAGGUGUCUCAUUUUCUAGUCAAGAAAGUUUGUUAUCAAAGUUUCAACAAGAAACCAGUCAGGAUAUUGAAAAUGAACUCCCUGGGGAGUUCUGUGUGGAUUUCUAUCGCUUAAUCAAGAACAGUGAAUUAGGAACUAUAAUUUGGUCAUUUGUAAAACCUCUUUUGAUUGGCAGGAUUCUCUACACACCAGAUAAUGAAAUCACUAGAACCAUACUAGCAAGAGCCAACCAUACAUUUGCUGUUCUAGAACGGGUAAAAGAAAUAGCUUCAGUUUGGGCAAAUAAAACAUCAAAUCUAAAUUCUUUGAUGAAAUUAGCUUCUGAUGCGAAAGAUCUUGUAAGUUUAGAUUUGUUCCAACAAAUAAUCCAAGCCACAACAGGUGUCCAAUGGAAUGCUCUGAUGUCUAAAUAUCUAGGAAAUCAGACAACUUUCAAAGAUAGCUACUUCAGUAUCUUGCAGUCCACCGCCAAGAUCAUCUUGAACUAUUCCUCUUGUGUUCAGACCAAUAGGUUUCAGCCAGUCCUAAAUGAGAAUGACCUAGAAAACACAGCUUAUAAGUUGUCUAGGACUAAUAUGUUCUUUGCAGGUAUUGUGUUCUUUAAUGUGAGUGAUGAUAAUACAAGUUCUUCUAAUAAACGUCGCAGAGAUGUUCACAAAGAAUCAGUUCCCAAACAUGUUGGCUAUAAAAUCAGAAUGGAUAUUGAUAAUGUUAUGAAUACCAGACAUCUUAAGUUACCAAUAGAGUAUAUGAAUUCUGAAUCAAAUUUUUUGGAAGAUCUUCGCUAUCUACGAGGAUUUAUCUACCUUCAAGAUAUGCUGGACACAGCUAUUGUAGAUUUGUUCAAAGAUGAACGCUUGACAACCCCUGGCACGUAUAUUAAACAAAUACCUUUUCCUUGUCAUCAUUUAGACAGCUUAAUCCAUAUAAUAGGAUCUUAUUUUGCACCUAUAAUGUUGGUGGUUGUCUUUGUGGCAUUACUUGCCAUAGCGACUAACAUCUUGGUUUAUGAUAAAGAGGAUGGCCAGGAGGAGACUCUACAUGUGAUGGGGAUGAUGAAAGGACUCAACACCAUUGCUUGGUUUAUUAGCUCAAUGGUCAUUAUGAGCAUUAACUCUCUUCUAAUAGCUGUCAUACUCAAGUAUACAAAUGUGUUCUUCCAUGCUGAUUUGUUUAUACUGUUCUUGUUGGUCCUGGUUUUCUGCUUCAGUUCUGUGUUAUUAGUAUACAUGGUGUCAGCAUUCUUUACACAUAGCAGCAUGGCCAUCCUGUUUGUGCUUAUAACAUUUCUGUUGACCUUUCUGCCCUACACUUUAGUUAUUGGAAUGGAACUGGUGAUGAAAUUUGAGCACAGAAUCUUGGUGAGUCUAGUGUCCACAACUGCCUUCUGUUUUGCAUUUCUAAGGCUUGGCUACAUUGAGGGUACUGGUGAAGGUGCUCAGUGGUCUAAUAUUGACCAGGCAUUGGAAGAAAAUAUGAGUAUCAACUGGUCUUUCUUUAUGAUGUUGAUUGACAGCGGAAUCUAUUUUCUGGUUGGAUUUUAUGUCAGAAAUGUAAAGCCAGGAAAAUAUGGUGUUGGAAGGUCUUGGUAUUUUCCAUUUCAACUUUCCUAUUGGAAAAGCUGGUUUAUGUAUAACAAACCCAAUAACAAUAUGUUGAAUUUACAUCCAGUUACUACAGGACCACUGUUUGAGCCUCCACCUAGUCAUGCAACUGUUGGAAUAGCCCUUGAAAAUAUCAGGAAAAUGUACAGCAGAAAAAGAGUUGCAUUGGAAAACUUGUCAGUCAGCUUUUACAAGGAUCAAAUCACAACAUUGCUUGGACCCAAUGGAGCAGCUAAAACAACAACAAUAAAAAUAAUCUGUGGUUUAUUGCCACCAUCUUCUGGUAAAGUUGGCAUCUAUGGCCUUGAACCAGGAGCUAUGUAUAAUUUUUUGGGAAUAUGCCCUCAGCACAAUGCUUUGUUUAAUUACAUGACAGUAACAGAUCAUAUGAAGUUCUAUUUUAUUAUUAAAAGUGGCAAGAGCAGACAACAAGCUGACACUGAAAUCUCAAGAUUGCUGAAAGAUGUAGACCUCUGGCAUGCUAGAAAUGUUCCAGUCAAAGAUUUAUCUUUUGGCAUGAAGCGUCGUCUCUGUGUAGCUCUGGCCUUUGUUGGGGGCUCAAAAACCAUUAUUUUGGAUGAACCAACAAGUGGUGUAGAUCCUUAUGCUAGGAAACAAAUAUGGAAUUUAAUCACAAAAAACAGAUCAGGUCGCACAAUUUUGUUGACAACACAUCAUCUUGAUGAAGCAGAUUUUCUGAGUGAUAGAAUAGCUGUGUUACAUCAAGGAAAUCUUAUAUGUUAUGGUUCACCUUCUUUCAUCAAAUGGUCUGUAGGGGGAAGUUAUCGUUUAACUCUCAUCAAACAAGAGCAUAACAGCCCGACACAUGUUAAUGACAAUAAAGACUCAAAUAAUAUGAACUCAAGAAUUAUGAACUCCACUAUAACAAGUUUUGUUCAGUCUUUAUGCCCCAAAGCAGCACUGGUGGAACAUGUUGGUACAGAUCUUACAUUUCACCUUCCCAAAGACCCAAAGGAACUAACUGUACCUUUUGACCAAUUCUUCAGGCAACUUGACCAAUCGUUGGACCAUUUAAAAAUCAACACUUAUGGGUUGUCUGAUACUUCAUUAGAAGAGGUGUUUCUCAAGCUGACUAAAUCUGUUGAUGAUACUGUGGAGGACAGUAUAGAUCAAUCUAGACUAUAUGUAGACUCUGGUGCUAGUGCUGCCUCGUCAAGUACUGAAGAACAUGAACAUUCAGAAACAGGUUCUGACAAUUCCCUUACUUCAUAUUUUGCACAUGUCAGGAAACAAGGAUUAUCAUUACUACUGGCUCAAGUCAUUGCCCUGUUACUCAAGCGUUUCCAUCAUUACAGACGAAACUGGCGGAUAAUUCUAUCAGCAAUUCUUCUACCACUUUUAUUUUUCUUAGUGGCUAUUGGCAUGGCCUCUGUGAGAUAUGCUGAUCAGAAUCCACCUACAUUAGUAUUGGAUCCUUCAACUUAUGGACCAAAAUCGUAUUCGUUCUUUAAAGACUCAGCUGGCAAUGAAAUGUCCAGAAAAUAUUUUGAGACCAUGGUCAACAGUAAUAUAGGUUUUGGAACUGCUUGUAUGAAAGGACAGCAGAGAAAUCCAGUGUGUGUGGGCAACAGCUCAUGGUACAACCACUCCCAGAAGCUUUACGUGCCCCAAUGUGUUGAUGCUAACCAGGUUCUCCUUGACUUGCCUUUUGUCUACACCAUCAAUGAGAAACACAUACAGGCUGAUAAUUACAUUCUGAACAUCAAUUCCUUUGGCUUUGACUUUAAGCUUCCCCCAUAUUUAAUGAUGACCUUCAAGGAGUAUAUGGGUAAAAGAUUUGGUGGUUGGUCUUUGGAAGCAUCAAGGAACAAUGGUUCUGUUACUCCCUAUGCAUGGUUUAGUAGCAAAGGAUACCAUGCCAUGCCAUGUUACUUUAAUUCUUUGUCCAAUAUGGUUUUGAGAUCAAUGUUGCCUGAUGGAGAAAAUCUGGAAGAAUAUGGUAUAACAGCUGCUACCCAUCCACUAAGACUUAGUCGACCUGCCUUAACUGCAACUGAUUUACAAGGAGAUGCUGUUGAUGGUGGUUUGUCUAUUGUUGUUGUCCUAGCAUUCAGCUUUAUCCCUUGUAGUUUUAUCCUCUACAUCAUCAAUGAGAAGGUAAUGAAAGAAAGACAACUCCAGAACAUAAGUGGCAUUGGAGUUAUCACCUAUUGGGCUGUAGCCUUAUUUUGGGAUAUGCUGAUCUACUGUUUUACCCUUGGACUAGCAGUUGCACUUGUGUUGAUCUUAAAGGCAGACUCCUUUUAUAUUGAGGAUAACUUGUCAGGUUUUGUUCUAAUUGUGCUGCUGUAUGGUUGGGCCAAUAUCCCUUGCCUGUAUUGCCUGAGUCGUUUUUUUACCAAAGGAAGUACUGCAUAUCUUGUGACAUUGUGUAUCAAUGUAUUUCUUGUAACAGUAACAAUAAUAUCUCUCUUUAUAAUGUUACUGUACAGAGAUAUUUCUACUGCAAGAGUUCUCUAUGAUUGGUGCAAGUAUAUCUUCCUCAUCUUCCCACAAUAUGCACUAGGUCAAGGUCUUAUUGACAUGACAGCAAAUACAUAUGCCUACAAACUCAUUAUCAGGUAUAAUGAUGUCAAAUAUGAAUCUCCAUUCUCAGCUGACAUUUUGGGAUGGAAGUUACUUGCUCUGGCUAUUGAAGGCUUCAUUUUCUUCAUUUUAAAUAUUUGUUUAGAUGCUUUAAAAAGCCCAAAACUAAGUAUACCAUCAAGAGAUAAUUUAAGCCAAGAAGAUGAAGAUGUUAAGAGAGAGAAGGAGAGAAUUCUCAGUGGUUCUGCCAAUGAUUUGUUGAUAGUCAGUGACCUCUCUAAAGUCUAUAGAAGAAAUGGGAAAGACUUUAUGGCUGUCAAUCACAUUAGUUUUGGAGUUCCAGAGGGAAAGUGUUUUGGGCUUCUUGGUGUUAAUGGAGCUGGGAAAACUACUACAUUCAGAAUGCUUACUGGAGACUUAAGAGCAGAAAGUGGAACAGUUACAAUUAAAGGAAGAAGCCUGACCCAAAGAGAGGGAAAUUUUGGACAAAAUGUUGGUUAUUGCCCACAAGAAGGAGGACUUGAUGAAUACUUGACAGCAGAAGAAAUGCUUUACUUUCAUGCUCGUCUUCGUGGUUUUAAUAUGGAACAAACUAAAAUACUUGUGCCAGAUCUGCUAGAGCAACUUGCCUUGACUCAAUACAAAAAUAAUGCUGUCCAUACCUAUAGUGGUGGCACAAAGCGUAAGCUAUCACUAGCUAUAGCUCUACUGGGAAAUCCAUCCAUUUUAUUUUUGGAUGAACCAACUACUGGUAUGGAUGCUGCCACUAGAAGGCUUGCUUGGAAAUGUCUUGCUAGAGCUAAAAGAAAUGGUCAAUCAGUCAUUCUAACAUCUCACAGUAUGGAUGAAUGUGAUGCCUUGUGUUCUGUUAUAGCCAUCAUGGUGAAUGGACAGAUGAAAUGUAUAGGCAGUCCACAGCACUUGAAAUACAAGUUUGGGGAUGGCUACACAGUCAUAAUGCAUUCUGGAAAAAGUAAUUUGAAAGACAUUGUCAGUGAUUUUGUUACUAGAUUUCCAGGAACAAUUAUCAAGGCCAACCAUCACAGUAGUGUAGAGCUCCAUGUACCUAAGCACUCAUGUUUCAUUGCGGACAUAUUGGCAGCUUUACAGACAGCACAAAAGGAUGAAAUAAUUGGAUACUACUCACUGACACAAACAACCCUUGAUUCAGUCUUCAUUAGUUUUGCCCAGAAUCAAUCAGAGACAUUUCAGGAACAAGUGAUUACGAGAACUAGUUCUAUAGAAGAUGCAAGUGAUUCUUUGGUGGACACUUUGUCUACGUCAUCUGGUUACAGUAAGUCACCUCCAUUGAAGAAUAUCACUGAAGGAAGUCCAGUAGUAGAGAACCCUUAUAUCAAGGAAAAUUUGCUGUUUGCUCCUGCUAUUUCUUACAAUCAAAGAAAUUAUAUUGUAAACAUACAGCUACAGGCAAAACCAGAUGUUAAGGCUUAACAUUUAUUGGUGAGAAUGAUGCAUUGGAUUAAAAUAAGUUUGUGUGCAAUAACAAAAAUGAACUAUUUCACAAUAAAUAUUAUGUCCAGUGGUUUUCUAAAAACCUGUUACCUUAUGAAAUUAUAACCAUGACAAGUUUGUUUUUUUAUUAAAUGGAAACAAUAAAGUACUGAGCAUAAUUAAAAUAGAACAACGUUCAUAAACAAUUACCUUUGUCAUUGAAGUGUAAAUAUUAUUGUAUAAAAUUUUUGUUUUUUAUUGUUCUCUGUUACAACAAGAAAUACUAUCUCUGAUGAACAUCAUGGAGUUUUGUCUCUAAAGUUAAGAUGUUACACUGCUAUUAUACAAACUAAAUUUGUAAAUAGCUAUCUUAUAUUAAGGCCUGUGUUUUUUCUGAUGUAUGGGUCUUGAUAUUAAAAAUAUCAGUUAUGUUCUGAACUGCUGACUGCAUACUGUUUUCAAUUAUUUUAAUUUAAUUUGAAAUCCAAAAGUGCAAGAAAUGUUUAUUCUAAAUUUUUAAAGAACAAAUUUCUUGGGUGCCUCCUUUUCAAUUAUGCACCCUGGAAACGUGGUGUCAUUUCCUGAAUAAACUAUCCCUCCUGGGGACCAUGUCCCCAACCCUCUUUUCAUGAGCAGCAUUUCAAAAGUUUCUUAAAAUUUAGUUUUUAGGCAUGACAAAAUGGACUCUGAAGCAUAUAAAAGCACUAUGGACACUUACUUUUGUUGAAAUGCUUACAGUUUUUUCCUGUACAGAUUUUCUCAUCGGGUUUGCUGAAGGCAGAGUUUGGGUAAUUAGCAGUUUACUACUACAUCUAGUUUCCACUGAGAUGAUGCUUCUAGAUGACAAAUUUAACAUUUUCUUCUAGUCUCUGGCCAUCUAAUUCUUCUUGUGUAUGAAUGAUCUCUCUCUGACCAUCUAAUUCUUCUUGUGUAUGAAUGAAAUACUGUAUUGAGCAUGUGCACAAAAAUAUCAGGGUAAAAUAAUGUGUAAAUAGUGUGGAUGGAUUUUUUUUAUUGCAGAGAAUGAAAAAUGUUGAAAUUGUCUACUUGUAUUAAUAUUCUAACCUUUUUAUUUAUGAUGUGCGAUGUAACUAUGAGCUUAAGAAUUAAUUCUAUCAAUUAAACAUAAGACUUUUUAUUUUUAAAUAACUUCAGCUCAUAUUUCCAUAAUGAUGCUCACUGUUGACUUGUUGACAAAACCUCUGUUUUUAAAUGGUAUUUACUGUUGCUUAUAUCCAAAUAUUGUGCAUAAAAUUUUAUGUUUAUUUAUUUUAUUUGAUAUUUUACCUACUUAAAUUAUGAAUUUACAUAAUGCUUUUGAGAUGAAAUGUCAUCUAUAAUUCCAUUACAAACAAUAAGGUAAUUAUAUUUUAACAAUAUAUUUAUAUAUAUAUAAAAACAAACAGAAAAUUGACAGUAAUUUUUUUUUUAUUCUUUUGUAAUCAAAAACAAAAAGUAGUAAAUUACAAAAAGUAUUUGAUUCGUCCUUAAUCUGUAUACAUUGAAGAGUUUUCCAGAGGAUCUUGUAUGAAGAAAUACACUUCAUUGUUACACAGUCAAAUACUACCACAAAUAAAAUAUUUUUUACAAAUAAUGUUAUUAAAGUAUUUUUCAUGACUUAUUUUACUAGUCUGACAAAAAUUGUUUUAUAACAAUUAAAGGAUAUCUAUUAUUUACACAAUUCCAUUAAACUGAAAUAAUGGGGUGGUAAAAUUAUAAUGUGAUCUUGGUGAUGUGCAUAGACAAGACUUUCGCAGCAUAUGAUAUGCAAAUAAAUGGCAAAAAAAAUUAUGAUCAAUAGCCAACAGGGCUUUAAAAAGGGCAUCAGUAUUGGGGGUGAAAAGCUGACUAGUGUCAGUAGUUUCAAAUAUCUCAGAGCUAUUGUCUCUGGAACAAAAC